UUACAGGGCUCCGCAGCCAAGAAGGCUGCUCUCACCUUAUUGUUGGCCGAUGCCGCCUUUGGUGAACCUCUGACGACAAUCACUCCAUGCAAAGAGUCUACUAAUGUUGCGAUUCCCCCAAUCACUGUUACCUCCCAAUAUCAGCCAGUGUCAACCUGCCACGCCACUACUGCGUGUAUCAAGGGAAAGUGCUCGACCAUCUUUCCUUUCACGACCUACCCAUUUGUGUCGACCGUUGUCCCGUGCGCAUGGGAUGGGACAACCACUCAGAAGUCGACAGUAACGGACGUCACCCAACCAUUCCGAGUGUCUGAGCAUGUUGAGACCCUCACAACAAUCACAGCAGCCCCCACUGCAAAGCCGAGAAUCUGGGUUGAUUGGCUUGGGCGAGGAAAGCCUGCGACAUCAGCGAUCACUCUAUACGAGACUGUCACAAGGCGUGCAGUAGCACCUUUCAACGAAUGCGGAUCUUUGGCUAUUCCUGGCUGGGAGGGCAGUGGACUUUGUGACAAAUGUGAUAAACUUGAGGACGGUAGUCGUGCUCAGCUCUUGGAUGUUAUCGAAUGUCGAUUUGGUUCUGACGCCGCCGGAAAGAAUUUCGAAAAUUGCGCUGAGUGGUACGAGACUUGGAUCUCACGUCCAGCUCCGACUUCAACGGUCACUGCCAGCGCUCGUUGCUCCAGCCAAGGGAAAAUUCACAGUGCCGGCACCUAUACUUGGACCUUCCCUCAGACAGCACCCCCAGUGACCAUCACCGCGCCUCCCAGAACGGUGACCAUUACCGUCGGCGGCCGCACAACAGUCUCUGUGGAUCCCAAGUUCGUCUACACGAUCCCUGGUCGCAACUGGAACGCUUAUGUGACCAAGUCAUUCUCUGGACCGACAACAUUCAACUUCAACGUUCAUGUGACCAAGGUCAUCAUUUUCAACAUUCCGAACCACACUCAACCUGCAGGAAGCACUCGUCGUGUACCUGUCCCUACCGGAUCGAGAGGCAAUCAUGGAGAUGGAUGGUGGCCAUUCUCAAACAAUGAUGGUGGUGACUCAGGCUUUGGUGGCGAAGGUGGUAAAGGCUGGGCAGACUGGAACCCAGUUACGAAGACUGCCACUGUCACCAAGACAGAUUCCUACACCAAAUCAAAUGCAGGGGCCAGCUCUACAACUAGUUCCAGCUCGGCCCUCGGACCAAUCUAUCCAGGUUCGUCGACGUCGACUAGGACAACGUCGUCUGUGAGCACAAGUACGUCUUCCACUUCAAGCUUCUCGCUGUCACAAGGACCAAUCGGUCAAAGCACUAGCAGCUCGACGUCUAGCAUGAGCACUUCAACCUCAAGCUUCUCACUCUCUCAAGGACCAAUCGGCCAAAGCACAAGCAGCUCCAGCUCGUCCAGUUUGAGCACUUCAACAUCUUCGGCCAGUUCGUCAGUGUCCCUUGGUCCAAUUAACCAAAGCACAUCCACAUCCACAUCCUCGGUGUUGACCACAGCCACCUCGUCCAGCGCCAUUGAUAGCCCGAUCAUGGCCUCAACAUCUAGCACUUCUACUCUGAGCACGUCAUCAAGCUCGUCAACAUCGGCUUCAUCCAGUGUUAGCGUCGGUCCAACCCAGGGAUCAACAGCAUCGUCCAGCUCUACAUCUUCGACCUCUGACAGCUCGACAACCUCAUCUUCGGCUUCAUCCAGUGUUAGCGUCGGUGCUACCCAGGGCUCAACCUCGUCCUCUAGCUCUACAUCUUCGACCUCUGACAGCUCGACAACGACGUCGUCUACAUCCAGCAUUUCUGUGGACCCUAACCAGGGUUCAACAUCGUCGUCGUCUAUUUCAACCACUUCUUUCGUGACAACAACAGUGUCAAGCACAACUUCCGCGCCAGCUACUACCACUACCUCAGCCGGUCCAAUCUGCCAGUUGAAUGCGAACAUUUGCUUGAACGCCCAAUUGAUCACUGCGAACACAAUUGUCACUCAAGGCUGCCCUCUAGGCAUUGGACUGCUUUGCACGUUGAAUCAACUGCUCAACUUGGUUCCGACUCUUUUGACCGGCAAUCCCAACGUUCUAUCUGUUAUCAUUGGUAAUAACCAAGUCCUGGGUCUUAGCAUCACUCCGCAGCAGGUGCAGGCUGGCAUUCUCGACGGCAGUCUCACCUCGGUCUGCAACGUUCUUGGAACCACAAGCGUCGUGAUCAACGACCCUACGUGCCCGAUUAAUCCUGUCACAACUACAUCGUCAGCUACAUUUACAACAUCAAGCACUAGCUCGGCGUUAGCCACCACUACAACAGCAGCAACUGCACCACUCUGUAACUUGGCAAUAUCAGUUUGCCCCAAUUCCGCAGCUCUUGCUGGCGUCACUAUCACAACUGUCCAAUGCCCACUCCUUGGCGGCUUGCUCUGCACACUUAACCAGCUCCUCAGCCUUGUGCCUCAACUUCUCCAGAGCAACCCGAAUGUGCUGUCAGUUGCGAUCGGAGACAAUCAAAUC